CACUAUCAUCCCUUCUCCAUCGAUACAAUAACAACAAAGAUGGCAAUGGCAGGUAGCCGCUUAGGCGGAAUGAUGAAGCCACAAGUGAUCGUAUUAAGAGAAGGAACGGAUUCAUCACAAGGAACGCCACAAUUAUUAUCCAAUAUAACAGCUUGUCAAUCAAUCGUUUCAUGUGUUGCUUCAACUUUGGGACCACGUGGAAUGGAUAAAUUGAUCGUGAAUGAUAAAGGUCAAGCAACAAUCUCAAAUGAUGGUGCAACGAUCCUUAAACUUUUGGAAAUCGUUCAUCCAGCAGCAAAGAUGUUAGUCGAUAUCGCUCGUGCACAAGAUGCAGAAGUUGGAGAUGGAACAACAAGUGUGGUUUUGUUGGCAGGUGAAUUCCUAAAGGAAAGUAGAACGUUUAUUGAGGACGGAGUAAGCCCUCAUUUGAUCAUCAAAGGAUACAGAAAAGCUGCUCAACUUGCCAUCGAAAAAGUAAACGAAAUCGCUGUCACAAUCGAAAAGAAUGACGAAAAAGCAUUCAGGGACCUACUAUUGAAAUGCGCAGGUACUUCGAUGAACUCCAAAUUGAUCGUCAGCCAAAGAGACUUCUUCACGAAUAUGGUCGUUGAUGCUGUUUCAACUUUGGACCAGAACGAUUUGGACGAAAGCUUGAUCGGUAUCAAGAAAGUUCCAGGUGGAGCAAUGCAAGAUUCGUUGUUGAUCAAAGGUGUUGCAUUUAAGAAGACAUUCAGCUAUGCCGGUUUCGAACAACAACCUAAAUCGUUCAAAAAUCCAAAGGUGUUGUGCUUGAACGUUGAAUUGGAACUCAAAGCAGAAAAGGAUAAUGCAGAAGUACGAAUUAAUGAAGUGAGCGAAUAUCAAGCAAUCGUCGAUGCUGAAUGGCAAAUCAUUUAUGCCAAACUGGAAGCAAUCGUCAAGACGGGCGCAAAAGUUGUUUUGAGUAAAUUACCGAUUGGUGACUUGGCUACACAGUACUUUGCCGACAGAGAUAUCUUUUGUGCCGGUCGUGUUGCUUCGGAUGAUUUGCGUCAUGUGGUUGAGGCUGUUGGAGGAAGCGUUCAAAGUACAUGCUCAGAGAUCAAGGAUGACCAUUUGGGAUUGUGCGAAACAUUUGAAGAACGUCAAAUUGGUGGAGAAAGAUUUAACAUCUUUGAAGGAUGUCCAAAAGCAAAGACCGUUACUCUCGUCCUACGUGGUGGAGCUCAACAAUUUAUUGCCGAAGUUGAACGUUCGUUGCACGAUGCCAUCAUGGUCGUCAAACGUGCCAUCAAGAACAAUCACGUCGUAGCAGGCGGUGGUGCAACAGAGAUGGAAGUGUCUAGACAUCUGCGUGAACAUGCCAAAACCAUUCAUGGAAAACAACAAUUAAUCAUUGCCGCAUUUGCAAAAGCAUUGGAAGUUAUACCACGUCAAUUGUCUGAUAAUGCAGGAUUUGAAGCAACAGAUUUAUUGAACAAAUUACGAAUGAGACAUGCUCAAGGUCAUCAAUGGGACGGAGUUGAUGUGGAAAAUGAAGGUGUGACUGAUUGCAUGGCAUCAUUUGUUUGGGAACCUGCUUUGGUUAAGAUCAAUGCUUUGAGCAGUGCAACAGAGGCUGCAUGUGUGAUCUUGUCAGUUGAUGAGACCAUUCGUGCUCGUGCUUCUGAUCAGGGUGGCCCAGGACCAGCUCUACCUCAAGGUGCUGCUCAACGUGCCGUCAGACAAAGAGGUCGUGGAGGUAUGCCAAGAAGAUGAUUUAAUGUGAAAUAUUCGCUUUCCAAAAACCAUAUUGUACGAUCAAAAUACUAGAAAGCAUGGUUGUAAUACAAUGAUUUAUAAAGGUAUUCU